UUCCCGCCACCGCGACGGGGCGGGGUGCGGGAAGGAGGAGCAGACACCCAACCUGGGGACCGCAGAGGGACGGCCUGACGGACAGUAGCCAGGAGACCUGUCGGGGGUCGAAGGAGGCCCGGAAGCCGCGGCAGAGCUAGACUCCAAACUAGGAGAGAGGAGUGACCUGGGGGCCGGGGGCGGAGUCGUGAGCGGGGGAGGAGAGUGCCAGCGCCAGAGAGCUGGAGGAGUGCGGCGGCCCAGGAAGCCAGAGCGCCGCCCACCCAUCCGGGGCGCAGUGUCGCGGGGAAGCAGGCUGGGCCGGGGGUCUGCCGGCCUUGACCCCCAUCGUGACCCCGCCGCCCCCAGCCCGGCCCCAAGAUGAUGAAGAGGCAGCUGCACCGCAUGCGGCAGCUGGCCCAGACGGGUAGCUUGGGACGCACACCAGAGACUGCUGAGUUCCUGGGUGAGGACCUGCUUCAGGUGGAGCAGCGGCUAGAACCUGCUAAGCGGGCAGCCCACAAUGUCCACAAACGGCUGCAGGCCUGUCUGCAGGGCCAGAGUGGGGCUGACAUAGAGAAGCGGGUGAAAAAGCUUCCUCUCAUGGCUCUGUCCACCACGAUGGCCGAGAGCUUUAAGGAACUGGACCCUGAUUCCAGCAUGGGGAAGGCCUUGGAGAUGAGCUGUGUGAUCCAGAACCAGCUGGCCCGCAUCUUGGCCGAGUUCGAGAUGACCCUGGAGAAGGAUGUCCUGCAGCCGCUCAGCAGGCUAAGCGAGGAAGAGUUACCUGCCAUUCUUAAACACAAGAAGAGCCUGCAGAAACUGGUGUCCGACUGGAACACCCUCAAGAGCAGGCUCAGCCAGGCAGCCAAGAACUCUGGGAGCAGUCAAGGCCUGGGCGGUGGCCCGAGUGGUUACAGCCACACCACCGCUGCCAACAAGGCGGAGACGCUGAAAGAGGAGGAGGAGGAGCUGAAGAAGAAGGUGGAGCAGUGCAAGGAUGAGUACUUGGCUGACCUAUACCACUUUGCCACCAAGGAGGAUUCAUAUGCUAACUACUUCAUUCAUAUCCUGGAGAUUCAGGCUGAUUACCAUCGCAGAUCACUGAGCUCACUGGACACAGCCCUGGCUGAGCUGAGAGAAAACAGCAGCCAAGCAGACACCUCCCCCUUGAUUACGGCUGCCUCCUUCUCCAGAAUGUAUGGGGUAUCACUGGGAACCCACCUACAACAGCUGGGUCGGGACAUCGCCCUACCCAUCGAGGCCUGCGUCCUGAUGCUGCUCUCUGAGGGCAUGCAGGAGGAGGGCCUCUUCCGCCUGGCUGCUGGAGCCUCAGUGCUGAAGCGCCUUAAGCAGACAAUGGCCUCAGACCCCCAUAGCCUGGGGGAGUUCUGCUCCGACCCCCAUGCAGUGGCAGGUGCCCUCAAGUCCUAUCUCCGAGAGCUGCCGGAGCCCCUGAUGACUUCUGACCUCUAUGAUGACUGGAUGAGAGCAGCCAGUUUGAAAGAACCCGCAGCCCGGUUGGAGGCCCUCCGGGAUGUCUGCAGCUGCCUGCCCCAAGAGAACAUCAACAACCUCAGGUACCUGAUGAAGUUCCUGGCACGACUGGCGGAGGAGCAGGAGGUGAACAAGAUGACGCCCAGCAACAUUGCCAUUGUCUUGGGGCCCAACCUGCUGUGGCCUCCUGAGAAAGAAGGGGACCAGGCCCAGCUGGACGCAGCCUCCGUGUCCUCCAUCCAGGUGGUGGGCGUCGUUGAAGCUCUGAUACAGAAUGCAGACACCCUCUUCCCUGGAGAUAUCAACUUCGAUGUGUCAGGCCUCUUCUCAUCCCUGGCCCCCCAGGAUAAGGUCAGCAGCCAACAGGCCUCUGAGGAGGCGUCACCGGCUGCUGUACCCACACCGGCUGCCACCCCAGCUCCAGCUCUGGUUCCCUCCCCCACCUCAGUGACUAUGAAGGAAAGGACAGAGUCUGAAUUGCUACCCAGACCAGCCUCCCCCAAGGUCAGCAAGAGCUCCCCAGAAACCACUGCCUCAGCAGAGGACGUGACUCGGAAGACUAAGCGCCCAGCACCUGCCCGACCUACCAUGCCACCCCCCCAGCUCUCCAGCACCCGCUCAUCUCCUCCGGCUCCACCCCUGCCCCCUGGCUCUGGCAGCCCCGGCACUCCCCGAGCUCUGCCCCGUCGUAUGGUUGGCACUAGCCUCCGGGCCCCCACUGUACCUCCCCCGUUGCCUCCUGUUCCUCCACAGCCUGCCCGGCGCCAAAGCAGGCGUUCACCAGCCUCCCCCAGCCCAGACUUCCCUGGCCUGGUCACUUCAAACAUGCCUGCUCAGGUGGACCAGGAAGCAGCCAUAGAAGAUAAAAGGGUCCCUGAGACUGUAGGUGAGCGUCCCACUCCCCCAGCUCUGCCACCUCAGCCCCGGCCCAGGGGCCUCACCUCAGAAACAGACUGAGCAGGCCCUCCUGCCUGACUAGCCUCAGUGUCCCCUCCCUCCACACCUUGUUCUCCCAGGAUAGCCCUUGACCCUGAGUGCCUGGGUGCCUGCUGGGUUGGCUCCCAUGUCCAGGAGGGCUCAGGACAGCCCCCUACUUCCUGACCUUUUCCUCUUCCACUUUGAGCUUGGGAGCCCCCAUUUGACUCCCCACUCUCUGGCAGGGUCUCAGGGGAGACACCAGAAGGAAGGACAGGCUUGCCUGUUCCUACAGGACUUUUAUUUUUCUCUUGCCAAUGUAUUUUUGUAAGGCUGGUAAAUAAAUUAUUUUGGACAAAACUGGA